UAGAGUGUUUUUUUACCUCGACCAUCGGAAUAUUUUGUUUAGUGUUCUCGACUUUAUUUUUAGAUUAGAAAUGGAUAGCAUGUCAAGCGCCGCAAUACCAUCCGCUCGAACAUCCACGGGUAAAUCAGACCAGGAAAUGAUGAACCAAAAUGCUAUCUCAGAUUCGGUGUUAAGCAAAGUAGAUUCAAGUAUAGCCCAAUAUGUUGAAGAACCUGUCACCAAAGAAGAAAUGGCGAGGAUUAGAAGAAAAAUUGAUAUUCAUCUGCUUCCACUGAUGAUGAUCACUUACUUCAUUCAAUUUCUCGAUAAAUCUACCAUUGGAAACGUGGCGAUACUAGGAUUACAAAAAUCUACCCAUCUAACGGUCAGUCAAUAUAAUUGGCUUGGGACAAUUUUUUUUGUAUCUUAUCUACUCUUCGAGUAUCCACAAAACCUAGCCCUUCAACGUUUUCCAGUAGGAAAAUGGAUAUCCCUCAAUGCAUUUGCUUGGGCUAUAUUUGUUGCCUUACAAGCGAGUUGUAAAAACUUUAUCCAAUUAUUCUUUUGCAGGUUUUUCUUGGGGGCUUGUGAGGGUUGUGCCACAGCGGGUUUUAUGAUUACCACAUCGAUGUUCUAUACACACCAGGAGCAAGGUCUAAGGACGGGUUUUUGGUUUUUGAUGUCUGGUUUGUCGGUGGCCGCCGGAAGCUUCAUUAGCUAUGGAGUACUUCAUAUCAAGCCAACAAUUAUGGAACCGUGGCAAUGGUUCUUUGUCAUCAUCGGAAUUGUAACAUUCCUUGUUGCUGUAGCCCUUUAUCUUUUCUUUCCUGAUUCACCUACCACCGCUUGGUUCUUGACUCCAGAAGAAAGGAUCAAGGCUGUAUCAAGACUAAGAGUCAAUUGCACUGGUAUUGAGAAUAAGAAAUUCAAAAAAUACCAAGCAAUUGAAGCUUUUAAAGACCCAAAGACUUGGAUGUGGUUCACUUAUUGUAUACUGGCCACUAUUCCUAACAUCUCUCAUCAACAAGCAUUGAUUAUAAAAGCCAUCGGUUAUGAUGUGUUCCAAACCAGUCUCUUAACUUCAGUGAUUGGUUUUGUACAAAGCUCAGCUAUCCUUCUUGGUGUAGCCUUGGUUCGUUUUUUCAAAGACUCGAGAUCAAAUGUGGCUGUGGCAAUGUCGACUGUCAAUUUAAUCGGAGCGAUCUGUUCGAUCGCCUUACCCUGGUCGAAUCGUGUAGGACUUCUCAUAGCUAUUUACCUAAACCUCUUCCAAUCUGCUGCUUUUGUUAUCACCAUUGGAUGGCUCACUGCGACUACCGCUGGUCAUACGAAACGCAUCACAGUCCAGGCUUUUGUCCUCACCGGUUACUGUAUCGGCAAUAUCAUUGCACCACAAUUAUGGCAAUCGAAAUAUAAACCUCGAAACAUUGUCCCUUGGUCUAUCAUCACCUUUUGUUAUGUGUUUGGAGCUUUAAUCUUAAUCUUUAUGAGAUUUUAUUUAAAAAGACAAAACUUCAUUAGAGAUUCAAAAAUAACAAAUCAAGUCAUAGUCAAUAAACAAAAAGAAAAUGAGAAUGAAAAUGAAGAUAAAUCAGUUAAAGCAUUUAUGGACUUGACUGAUCUCGAAAACUCUGAUUACAGAUAUGUUUUAUGACCAAGUCCAACCAUGCCAUAAUUCCAAAACAUGAAUACCCUUUACGAAACAUCAACUCAUAUAAAUCUUCAUCUCAUGUCAAUUACAUCCACUUCGGUGUAAAGGAAAGUAGUUUUUUUCCACACCUUUUUCUUAUCUUGUCUUGACUUUUCUUAAAGAUCUCUCUAUCAUGCAACACAUAUCCAAUCCCAUAUUUCAUUUCUCACUCUUCUUAAUCUCUCAGUGUCAUACACAUCUUGUUUAAAUACAUACCACUAUCUUUCCAUUGUACAUUCCAAAGUUUUUAUAACUUUGAAAUUCUUGACUUAUGUUGAUGAUCAAUUUAUGAAAUACAAAGAACUCGUGAUGAUCUGGUUAAUAAAUCACUUAAAAACU